AUGUCGUCAGCGAUGCGGUUACUCCCUGGAGGUGUGCUAGUGGUCCUGUGCUCGGUUCUGACGACCGUCGCGCCUUUCUCCAGCUCAUUUUAUGGAUACACAGGCUGCGGUGUGUCCGGAUGGCCGGUACCCGAGCCUCCGGGUGGAGCCAAGCUCAGCCAAGUACAUGCCAUCAUAAGGCACGGUGACCGGACUCCUUGGACGGGAGACGCGUGCUGGCCGAAUGAUACGGCAGUGUGGAUCUGUAACCUCAACAGUGCCCAAAUACCCAUGUACUAUAACACGCAGUAUGGGCCUGUUGUCCCCAGACUCUAUAGAAAAGUGUUUGGUUUUGGUGGAGAGCCUCUGAACGGGAACUGUUCUGUGGGUCAGCUGACAACCAUUGGCUUUCACCAGCAACAGGUCAAUGGUGGCUCUCUCAGAAAGGCCUACGUGGACACUGGGUUUCUAAGCGAUGUCAUAUCACCUUCCGAGAUAUACCUCAGGAGUGACAACGAGCCGCGUACACAGCAGUCUGCAGAGGCUCUGAUGCUGGGAAUGUACCCGCCAAGUGGCUCCACAACAGAAGUUGUUGAACUCCACACCCUGGACACUGUGUACGACUACAUCAUUGCCAAUGCCCAACUGUGUCCCAAGUUUGCCAUGUAUCAGGCCGAGUUCCUGAACAGUUCCGUGUGGAAAGAGCACCAGAAUAUUACAAAUGCCGUGCUGAAUGCAAUCAGCCAAGCCGUCAACUUUCCAGUCUCUGAGAGUGACCUGGACCAUUUCUCAGACUGUCUGCAGACCUAUCACUGCCACAACCUGUCGUGGCCCCAGGGAAUGACUGAUAAACUAUACGACAUGUCUUGGGACGAGUUAUCCUGGCAGAUCUUCUCCCAGUAUGCCUACCCAUCCGUGCAGGCCAACACACAAGUCGGCAUUGGGUUCCUCUUGAAGGAGAUAUGGCAGAAUAUGAAUAAGUCAGUUGAGGGCCAACAGAUACAGAAGUUUUUGUUGUAUUCAGGUCAUGACACCACACUGAUUCCUAUACUGGUUGCUCUGCAAGUGGACACCAUGGAAUGGCCACCCUAUGCCUCUAUGAUGCUCAUAGAGCUGUUCGAUAUAUCGGGAAAGAACUAUGUGCGGAUCACCUACAAUGGACAGGUGCUCCCUCUACGGUUCUGUGGCUCGGAAACUCUCUGUGACUUUGAUACUUUCUCCGGUUACCUGAAAUCCGUGACUCCCUCUAAUCCUGCAAUACAGUGCCAGACUCGCUCUGUGGAGCUAGUUCUGGCUCCCAUCGCGUCUCAGGUGUCGCAGCUGAUGAUCCUGACCAAAACGUGCGGCCGGAGUCUGUUCCCUGACUUGGAGUCCAGCGCCCUCUCUGUGAUGGACGCCGUCCAGCACAUGGUAGACGUAGGGAAGAGAAUCACUGCUGAAACACCAGACGAGGGGCUCCGGGAAGAUCUUCCCGUGGCGUGCUCUCUUGCUCUUCGUGCCGGCGAGCAGCUGGUGGAAGCAACAAGGAGCCUAGCCAGAGAGCCGUCUUCUGGGACAGCUCAGCUCUCGCUCAACACGGCCGCCCAAGGAAUACUAGAGGGAACUAUGAAGGUUCUACUGGUGUGGGACGAGGCAGAGGUUAGAAAAAUCAUCAGCGCUGCCCACUGGACCCUCGAUCGCCUUGGGCUGGUCAAGGUUGCCAAGUCAAUGCGCAGUCUUGUCAUCUGUUUCGGGGGUCUCUCAGAGGCAAUGGCUCUACUGCUGAGCCUGGCAGACAAGAGGCAGAAGGACCUCACCGACUACAAGAGGAAGGAGCAGGUCCUCUCUGCACUCUCCAGACUCAAAGUCUCUCUCACUCCCUUCUGCGAGGUCAUGAAGAAAUACGUCAGGGAUCCCAGCGACGUUGCAACACAGAAUCUUCGCAACGUCAAAGCAAACCAGGUGUCCUCUGCGAUUCACGACCUCAUCAAAGCGGUGAGCCCCUUGGACGAGGCUGAAUCAGCACCAGACAACAUGGUCACCAACAUCAUGGAGGUCCAUCGAAAGCUGGCUCCGGACAGUCGCUAUUUCAUAGGGCCUGAUCUGGACCGUCACCUGGAUGCCAUUCUCCAGAACUCUAUGGCCGUUGCACACGUCAGUCGUGAUCGCUACCGUGAGACCAUCCUCCACCUCUGUAGUGAGGUGUUGGCACUUAGAAAGAAACUUGGAGAAAACCUGGCAGUUGUCAUGGAGUUUCCCAAUUCCUUGGAGGCUCGGGCUGAGUUUGAUGCGACUGCGGAGGCUCUGUGUGAGAGGUUGUGUGAGAUAGAUCAAUGGGUGGCAGAUGCAGUGGUGGACCAGAUCACAGAGGUGUUUGUGGAGCCGUCUGCCCCCGUACACCACCUAGUCAGGGCCGCAGCUCACAGCCCCACCACCUCCCCUGGAUCAAGUCCCGAGAUCAGUCCGUCUUCGUCUCCGACCCACCCGUCCGACCAGGAGAGUGAGACUCGACUCACGAGGCAAGUGGAGCUGUUCAGAAGACACUCCCGACGGCUGAGUCAGGUCGCCGGCCACGCAGCUCAGAGCUCAGCAGACUCCAAACGUGUCCAGGCCAUCACAGAGCUGGCAAGACAGGUGGAUGAGGCCAUGCCCAAGGUGGUGGAGGUAGCGGUGGCUCUGAAGAGAGCUCCCCCGGAGGACCUGAUGGUGGCCAAGGCAUCCCUGGACUCCGCCAGCAGAGAGUGGGCAGACAAGGUUCAGCAGCUGACGACAGCCACCUACGACAUUGUCGAUCCUGAAGACUUCUUGGCUGUCUCUGAGGCCAACAUCCACCAGGAUAUGACCAAGUGUCGAGAUGCGGUGAGAGGGCAGAACUGGCCCCAGCUGAGGACCCUGGUACAGGGAGUGGCAGCCAAAGCCAGGAGGGUGGUCGACAUUGGGAAGAUGGCUGCGGACCAGGCGACGGAGCCCUGGAAGAAAGAGGCUGUCUCUGUCGCUGGAACUAGACUGGAGAAUGCUAUUCCACGGAUGGUGACCCUGGUUGACGAGUUAAUCAGUGAUCCUACUCAGGAGGGGACUCAGGACGGCUUUGCCCAAUCCCUGAAGGAAGUCCUGGACGGCAUACACUCCAUGCAGGCUGCCCUCACUGCAGAGAGCCCCGACUACCACACAUCUCUGGCAACAUCUACGCCAAUGGCAGGUCCUGCACAUGAAGGAUUGCAGGAGUCUCCCUUCGUUUCCCCUGUCCCACCCUCUCCCCCUCCUCCUCCUCCUUUGUCAUCCCCACCUCGUACCAGGUACAUUGGAUCUCUCAAGAGAAAGAAGAAAAACAGGGCUGCGAUCACACGAGAAGAGGAUCAAACUGACAGUGGAGCAACACCGGUAAGGAUGGGAAAUGCCCAAACUCAGACUCCAUCUGCCAGUGAUCGCUCGAUGCAGCACGAGCAGACUCAAACGCCACCUUUUAGAGACCACUCGAUGCAGCAUGAAAUACACUACCCCUCUGCUCUGUUAGGAACAACCAGUGCUGCACUGAGGCUUAGUCCGACUGCUGCUGCAUCUCCUCCCGGUGACACCUCCGCUGCCUCCGCAGACACCGACAGGAGAGGACGUGACGGGAACCAGCGAGAGUCGCCGGCACGCAGGACUGUCCAGGAGUACGCACGGCCGCUCCAAGACCUCGUGACCGUGGCAGAGGAAGGAGAAGUGGAAGAGCUUCAGUCACACGCGAGUGCUUUGCAGGCUCGGGCCAUUCGCCUCACGAGCAUUGCUGAAACUGCCGCCGAGACGGUCAGACACAACCCACAACUCACAAAGGUGCUGAAGACGAAGGCACGGGAGGUCAGUAAACUGACUCCGCAGGUGAUUGGCCACGCGGAGGAGGUGGCGAGGGACCCGGCAGGAAGGAAGCGACAACUGGAAGACCUCCAGCUCAGCAGUCACCAGUGGGCGGGCCACGUGAGCCAGCUCAUCGAGGCAACUCAGAAAGCCAACUACCCGUGGUCCAAGACUGCCGAGAGGCUGGUGUCUGCUGCUAAGAGAGGCGAAGGUCUAGAGACUCAGAAAAAGCAUGUGAGCACUCAGACGAACAGGAUGGUCAAUGUUGCCAUGGUCACGGUGGCGGCAGCAGAGACGGAGGAAGCCAUAGGAGUGGGGUCAGGGUCCGGCGAAGACUCGGAGCGUUGUUCCCACGACCCUGAUCUCAUGGAGCAAAUCAGGCACGUUCGUGUGACGGCGUCGGAGAUCCAGAAACUGACUCCAAAGCUGCUGAGUGCAGCGGACAUGGCGUCUGGUCGAGGAGGUGACACGUCAGCCACCACCGAGCAUCUCAACCUCCUCUCUCAGGAGUGGGCCACAAAGGCAAAGGUUCUGAUGCGUGGGGUGGACGACGUGAGUCUGGGUAUGAGUGGACCGGCGGACACUCUGCUCCUGUCGGCUCGGUCCGGUGACCCCACCCUUCUCUCUGAGCAGGGCAGGGCCAUCACGGAGCUGGCCUCAUCUCUUGGGAACAUUGCCCGGGACGCUCUCGAGGGUUGUGAGGACAGGGACAGGGCCGAGAAGGUGAGGCGGGCGUCAGAGAGAAUCUCCACCACGUCUGCAGAGCUCAUCAGCUGUGCCAACAGAGUGGCCCAAGAGGGGGGAGGGGCAGAGGAGGAGGAAGCCGACCCACAGCUGCUGGAUCAUCUCCACGAGACUUUGGAGAGUACAGAACUCCUACGUAGAGACUGGGCCUCCCAGGUGCACCUGAUCACGGCUCACAUUGACGGACUGACGGCAAAGGUGUCGGCUCCACUGGACAGGCUGGUGGAGACUGCUCUCCAGGCCAGCCGCACCUCAAGCAAGGCCAAACAACACCUCCUCGACAAGUUUGAAAAGAGAGCCGACUUCAUAAGGAACCAACUAGAAGUGGUGGAGAACUGUUUCAAUGAGGCAACGGCUACCGUGGAGCAGAGAGACACGGCCAUGGACAGUGCAGCCUUAUCCGUCUCCUUCCUCAGGAAAGUGACCCCACAUGCUGUCGGCGCAUGUCGCUCCCUCACAUCUGAGCCCGGUUCGGCCAUGUUGGAGCAUUUCAAUCACCUGAGGAGACAGUGGGCCUCCAAGGCACAGAAACUACUCCACAGUCUGAAGAAGAUCACCACCGUUGAUAUAGAACCCGUGCUAGUUGCCUUUGGGGAGCUGAUUCAGCAGCCCAAGUCAGGUCGGAGUACGCCAGGUCUGAGUGGGGGAGGCAGCGGUGCCCUCCACAAGUCCUACUCCUUUGAGGACAUUGCGGAGGAGGAAGAGACCGGGAAACUGGUCGUGAGGGACCCGUCCAAACAAUCUGAUCCUCACAAGAGGUAUUCGGCCGCCGAAGAAGCCAUGGAGAUGUCACGUCACGUGAUUGAGGCAUCAAAACGACCAACCAGCAUGGCCGUCCCUCUUCCCUCCUGGUCUCUGGACCUUGACAAAGGUCUCACUGCCUCCUCCAAAUCCAUUGCUGUGGCAGCUCAGAGCCUGCGAGACGUGACUGAGGCGUUCCACGAGGAGGGGAACAUCAUCAUCAAGGUCGCCAAGAAGAUGUCACAGCAGAUGUCUCAGAUGGCAGAGUUCAGUCACGGUCGUGGGGAGCUGCAGAGCAAGACUGAGAUGAUAUACACGGCCAAGGCCAUCGCAGCCAACGGGAGAGUCAUGGUCCAGUUUGCAAACCUCAUCUGUGAUCAGUGUACCGACGAAAGGAUGAAGGCAAAUCUGCAGUACUGCGCCGAGAUGAUACCCACGUUUAGCACUCAGUUGAGGAUCCUUGCAUCUGUCAAGGCCUCCACCCCAGCAGACUCCUCUGCUGACGUCAUGUUGGUGAAGAAUGCUGAGAACCUGAUGCAGGCAGUCAUCAAGACUGUGAAGGCUGCAGAAGCAGCAUGCAUCAAAGGCCUGAAGGUUCCAGAAGACAAGGCUCAGAAGGAGGCAGUCGAUAUGAUCGUCAAUUGGAAGCACAGGUUGUACCACCAGCGAACCCUGGAGACCAUCAGAGCCCCCCGGGGGGCCAGGGGGCUCAGGAAAUUAAACCGGAGCCACAUCUCGACCCCCUCCCUUGUGGACGUCUUACAGCCCAGAGUAGUCCUCUGACGCCAAUACAGUUGUUAGCGCUAAAAAAGACUGCAUGCAAGACGAUGUUAUGUAAUGUGUAAAACUUUAGCAAAGGUGAACACAUUGAGAACUAACCCACACACAAUGAAUUAGACGGAAACAUGAAACAAUGAGAAAGACCAGGGUGGAGAGGGGAGGAAUUAAAGAAAGUGUGGCUAUCUGGAGUUUGAGCUGGCGUUGGCUGUGAUGUUAGCGAUGGCCAUCUCUUCCUGUUCUUUGAGUCCGAACCAGAACUUGAAGAACUCGUACACUGACCAGCAGACGGCUGUGGAGGGUGCCUGGUAGACCACUCUCGCCGUCACGCCUCUAAAGAAACCCCUAACACCUGCAGUCUGGUAUAUCUUUGCCACAGCUCCCACCAUGCCGUGGACCCUCUCCUCGGAGCGAAGGGUCCACGACUGGUGGUGAGUGUUCAGAAACGUCUUUGCCACGUCGAGCGGGUUUGUACUAGCGGCGGCCAGAGCCCCUGCACCCGCACCGGAGAGCAUGUGUGAGAGAGGGUAGUACCCGCGAGUAGGGUUGAAAAAGUCCUGCUGGAACUCGUAGGUGACAAAGUGCACCACUUGAAAGGGGAUGUUCAUGGUGAGUUGGGUGGUGUAGCUGCGAUAGAAGGCGCUCAGACCUUCCGUUUGGUACACGGAGGACACACAGUGGAAGACGCCUCGAUAUGGAGAGCUGUACAUCUGCAUUCUCUGCUUCACAACAUCGAUAGGAUUCAUGAAACCGUCAUGUAUCAAAGUGGCUAUAGCACCGGCACCGCCUUGUGCUAGUACAGUGCUCCGUGUGUUGGCCUUGGUGAGGUACUUCUUGGUGACCUCGUAGCAGGAGAAGUAGAGAGCGUGUGCCGGGCCUGCUCCCCCUGCCACCACGCCAAUACCACGGAAGAGGGCCCUGGUGUGUUCCGUUUUUAUGAUCUUAGAGAAAGCCUCAUACAGACUGCGAUAUUUCGCCUCUGGGCUGGGCUGUAGGACCAUCAUUCUAGUCUUGACACAGUCCACGGGGUACAUGAAGCAGUGUUCCAUUAUGCCUGCCAUUCCCCCAGCCAACAGGUGCUGCCACAGGUUGUCCGUGGGCAAGCUCUCGUAUUCCGCCUCCCCCAUCUCCUCGUCUUGUCGCAGACCCGCUCCCCACCGCUGCUCCUGGCCUUGUCCCGCAGUCGAACACCUUCCGCUCGACGUCACCUUGGCGUACGGAUCGGGGAGAUGCUUGUGCUCGUGCGAGCGAGGGUAAGGCAGGACCCGUGCGUUCUCCAGGGCUGCGAGGACCCAGUAGACUUGCAGAGGAACGGAGGAGGGAGCCUCGACGGCAGACACUCUGCGCAGAGCUCGAGUCACUAGCCGAUUUGAGUGGGCGACAAUUGGAGUCCAAAGCUAAGGCGGCUGCAUGCACACGAACGAGAGGCAGCUAAUCUGCAGGCAACAGCAGCACCCACAGACCUCUCCUUGACGCUCCGUCCCGUACAGAUUAUGCGGUUGAAAAAUACAUACUCCGGCCCUGGAGACUGGAAAAGACAGAGCGUGCUGCUGCAACGUUACGUUUAUUACC